AUGGAGCUGGUGGUGUGGGCAGGCGGGCGCUGGCGGCGCGUGUGCGCGGCGUCGGGGCGCGUGUGCGGCUGGCGGCGGCAGGCGCGGCUGGUCGAGGCGCGCGGCGGAGCGCUCACGCAGCUGCCGCGGGCCGCGUUGAAAGCCGUGCGCCGCGGGCCGCGCCUGCCCAGGCUCAGGACCGCUGACAACAAGCCUCGUUUCAAGGUGCCGCUGGGCCGGCCUGCUGCUCCGGACCACAGAUACAAGUGCGACGCGAGCGUGCAGACGGACUCUGAGCCGGUGCGCGGCCGCCCCGCCGGCGCGGCCGGCCUCGCUGACAAGGAGAACGCCGGCCAGCCGCGACACGCCAGGUCCAUCAGAAGCGUCAGCACUGAGAUACUGGAGCUGCGCAACCCUAACCGACAACCUGGACCUGACCAACAAGAAAAUGGACCUGGCCGACUGCAAAAUGGACCUGGCCGACUGCAAAAUGGACCUGGCCGACUGCAAAAUGGACCUGAGCGACUGCAAAAUGGACCUGUGCAAUCAAUGGAAGCAAAACCACCUCCGUUACAACGCAUAGAGCAUCCGUUCCUCAAGGGCAACAAGUGUUGCAACGUCGCCAGCCAACAAUCCCACUCACAACAUACCCUCGACGAGUUUCCAGUUAAGGAGCUGAUCAUUGACGAGGAAGAUGUCCUGCUGCUGCGCAACUACAUCGUCAGGAACAAGACAAACAUCGACAUCGACCGCUUCGACCGCGACGACGGGUACAAGACGCGCGUGUUCUUCAAGAUCAACCCGCUGGUGCGCGUGCGCAGGAGCGAACACAUCGACAACAUGCUGCGGGACCCCGACAACAAGCAGGCGACGUUGCAGUUCGCGCGACAACUCGGGCUGCGCUCCACCGCGGAUAGCGACAGCGACAUAGCCCGCGACAUGGCCCGCGACAAGCGGCCGCGGAGGACACGCGCCGCCAGCAGGAGGCUCGUGCCUGGAGACGACGGCCACCACACCAGGACACGCGCCACCAACAAGAACGCAACAGAAGUCAGUGACAGUGAUGAGAGUGACAUGUUCACGUUGGAGCGGUACCGCCGGCGGGGCAGCGACGAGGAGAACCGCAGGCCGCGGGGGCAGCCGGGGGCGGAGGCGCGGGGGACGAGGAACACGGCCUCGCUGCCGGCGAAGCGAGCCGUGUUCGUGGCCAGGAAGCCGCCGCGGCCCGGGCGCGAGUACUCGUCGCUGGAGGACCACGCCAUCGUGUCGUGGCUGAGCGCCGCGCCGGACCGCGAGCGAGCCGUCAACGGGAACCGCGUGUGGCGCGACCUGCAGGGGACCUACACCUCGCUCACCGGACAGACGCGGUCGUGGCACUCGCUGCGCAACCGCUACCUGCGCUACAUCCUGCCGGCGCUGGGCGCGCUGGCGCUGCCGCCGCACCAGCAGCGCCGCCUGCGGGCGCACGCUGCCAUCGGCUCCAUCAAGCACCGCCGCCGCCAGUCGCGCCGCAACAGCGCGCUGUACGUGCCGCCCGUGCGCAGCGCGCAUGCGCGCCGCCCGCGCUCCCCCGCGCCCACGUCGCCCGCCGCACACACACGAAGCUCGUCCCCGUCUCCUGUGCGCCGCGAGCUGCGCUCCAGCCUGCGCCGGCCCGGCUCCCCCAAGGCCCCCGGCUCCCCCCGCGAGACCCCCGGCUCCCCCCGCGCCGCCCCGCCCCGCCCGUCCUCCCCCCAGAGCUACUCGGAGCUGAAGCGUCGGUUCGCGCUGCGCCACCGCUCCACCCCGCAGGACAGCCCCAGCAUCACGGCGACGCAGCCCGGUGGCGUGUCCCCGCGGCCGGCGCCCAAGCGGCGGCGGCUGUACAACCCCGCCGCCUAGCCCGCGACACCGGCACUACACGCCGGGACUCCACAGCGGGGUGGGCACGGGCUAUUAUUCCUGUCCAUCAUCAGGCUUUGUUGUUCGGAAGCGUUAAGCCUUUGGUCCCGGUUCCUACUCACGUAGUAUGAGUCAGGGGCCCUUGG